UGGUGCUGCUGCUGUGCGUGCGGGCGGCCGCCGCUGCUGAGCCCUGCGGAGCGCCCUGCUCCUGCCGCCGCGGCCUGCUGGACUGCAGCCGGCAUCGCCUGCCCGGGGGGCCGGGCCCGAGGAGGAUCCCGCCGCUGCCCGCCGGCACCACGGGCCUGGAUUUAAGUCAUAAUCAUUUAUUGUCAUCCAACUGGAGCAUUGAUUUAUCUGUUCCUACACUACAAGAAGUGAAAAUGAAUUACAACGAGCUGAGUGAAAUUCCAUAUUUUGGGGAAACAACUUCUAAUAUAACUCUUCUCUCAUUGGUACACAAUACCAUUCCAGAAAUAAAUGCUGAGCAACUCCAAGUUUACCUUUCACUGGAAAAUCUAGAUCUUAGUUCUAAUCUGAUCUCAGAAAUUAAAGCUUCUUCUUUUCCACGGAUGCAACUGAAGUACCUGAAUCUGAGUAACAACAGAAUAACUACUCUAGAAGCAGGCUGUCUUGAUAACUUAUCUAGCUCACUGAUGGUGGUAAAGCUGAACAGGAACAGGAUUAGUGUGAUUCCACCAAAGAUCUUCAAACUGCCUCAUGUGCAGUUCCUGGAACUGAAAAGGAACCGGAUUAAAAUAGUGGAAAGUCUGACAUUCCAAGGACUGGAAUCGUUAAAAUCCUUGAAAAUGCAGCGCAAUGGGAUUAGCAGACUAAUGGAUGGAGCAUUCUUUGGCCUGGGUAAUAUAGAAGAAUUAGAACUGGAACAUAAUAACUUGACAGAAGUAAACAAGGGCUGGCUGUAUGGCCUGCGGACAUUGCAACAACUCUAUGUUAGCCAGAAUGCCAUUAACAGGAUCAGUCCAGAUGCAUGGGAGUUCUGCCAAAGGCUUUCCGAGCUAGACUUGUCAUACAACCAACUAACUCGCCUCAGGGAGUCUGCCUUCAUGGGACUUGGUCUAUUGGAGAAGCUAAACCUGGGUGACAAUCGCAUCAGUCACAUUGCUGAUGGUGUCUUUCGAGGUCUGGCGAAUCUUCGAACCUUGGACUUGCGGAACAAUGAGAUCUCCUGGGCCAUAGAAGAUGCAAAUGAAGCAUUUGUGGGACUCAGCAGGCUGGAUAAACUAAUCUUGCAAGGAAACCAGAUUAAGUCAAUUACCAAAAAAGCGUUCUCUGGUCUUGAAGGACUUGAACAUCUAGAUUUAAGCAACAAUGCAGUAAUGUCCAUCCAGGAAAAUGCAUUUGCACAGGCUCACCUGAAAGAGCUAGUUUUGAACACUAGCAGCUUGCUUUGUGAUUGCCAGUUGAAAUGGCUGCCACAGUGGCUCACUGACAGCCAUUUACAGCAGGCUGUAAAUGUUAGCUGUGCUCAUCCAGAGUGGUUAGCAGGACUAAGCCUUCUCAGUGUGGACCCUGAUGACUUUGUCUGUGAUAACUUCCCUAAGCCGCAGAUAAGAGUGCAUCCUGAGACCAGAGUUGCUCUGCGAGGCAUGAAUGUGACUCUGACUUGCACUGCUGUGAGCAGCAGCGAUUCACCCAUGUCCACAGCUUGGCGUAAAGACAGUGAGGUGUUGUAUGAUGCAGAGGUGGAGAAUUUUGCCAGGUACCAGCAGCAGGGUGGUGAGGUGGUCGAAUACACCACUGUCCUGCACCUUUUCAAUGUGAAUUUCACUGAUGAAGGGAAGUAUCAGUGCAUCGUCACCAAUCACUUCGGCUCCAAUUAUUCCAACAAAGCCAAGCUGACUGUCAAUGAGCUACCUUCUUUCCUGAAAACCCCCAUGGAUCUCACUAUCCGCACCGGGGCCAUGGCCCGGCUGGAGUGUGCUGCAGAGGGUCACCCUACUCCACAGAUCUCCUGGCAGAAAGAUGGUGGCACAGACUUCCCCGCUGCAAGAGAGAGAAGGAUGCACGUCAUGCCUGAGGAUGAUGUGUUCUUUAUUGCAAACGUGAAAAUAGAAGACAUGGGAAUCUACAGCUGUAUGGCACAAAACAUUGCAGGUGGUUUGUCAGCAAAUGCCACGCUGACUGUGUUAGAAACUCCUUCCUUUAUGAGGCCCUUAGAAGACAGAACUGUGACCCGAGGUGAAACUGCUGUCUUGCAGUGCAUAGCUGGUGGCAGCCCUGCCCCGCGCCUCAACUGGACAAAGGACGAUGGCCCUUUGACAGUCACAGAAAGGCAUUUUUUUGCUGCGGCAAAUCAACUCCUUAUCAUUGUGGAUGCUGGCUUAGAGGAUGCUGGGAAGUACACGUGCAUUAUGUCCAACACACUGGGCACUGAGCGGGGCCAUAUUUACCUAAAUGUCCUGGCUUCCCCAAACUGUGAUUCUUCCCAGAGUGGCAUUAUCCACGAGGACGAUGGCUGGACAACAGUGGGCAUUGUGAUUAUCGUGGUGGUGUGCUGUGUCGUGGGAACCUCCCUGGUAUGGGUUAUCGUCAUCUACCACAUGAGAAGGAAGAGUGAAGAUUACAGCAUCACUAACACAGAGGAGAUGAACCUACCGGCAGACAUUCCCAGCUAUCUGUCUUCCCAAGGAACUCUGUCAGAGCCUCAGGAAGGCUACAGUAACUCAGAGGCAGGAAGCCAUCAGCAGCUUAUGCCUCCAGCUGGUAGCUACGUGCAUAAAGGCACAGAUGGUGGUGCAGCACCACUGGUGAUCUGCUCAGACUGUUACGACAACGCAAACAUCUACUCCAGGACACGAGAGUACUGUCCCUAUGCCUACAUCGCAGAAGAAGACCCCCUGGAUCAAACUCUCCCUAACCUCAUGGUACAGAUGUCUAAGGAAACAUAUACAGCACGCACCCAGCAUGAAACCAGUACCUUGGAUAAUCUCUUAGCAGACAGAGACAUGUCUGUCUUCCUUACCAACCAUGACAAAAUGAGCGAAAAGAAAAUCUCCUCCCAGCAGAUCAAUGAACCCUUCCAGCUUCCUCUAUGGGGAGUGAACAAAGACAUGGCUCUCCCUCACUCCCACUUCCUGCAUCAGCAGCCAGGCCGGGAGACCCCACGGCCUCCCCACAGCGAGGGUGCUGCUGCCAGCACCCGGGACCAGGCGGCUCCAUCCGGAGCCUGUCCCAGCGGCCGGGAGCGGAGCUUUGAUUUUAACAGGACACACAGCAUUCAUGACUAUAGUGAAACCACGUAAGACACUUAAAUGGAGUCUUGAAAGCAAAUCUGUACCGACUGACUUGUAUUUACUACCUCAGGACUAACCCCAAGGCCAAAGAUGCUUGUGUAUGUGCGUCUGCAGUCACGGGCUGGCUAAACAGACUGUUUAGGAGGAGGUGGCACAUGCUCUUUUCCCCUGCAUUUCUGUGGAUUGGAAGAUGGGAAUGUGUAACAGAAUACAUGGAUGAUUAGUGCUAUCUACAGUAGCAUUAAAAUGAGGAUUUUCUGAUGCUGGAAGCAGCCUUUGUGUUGGUGCAUGCUUUGAAGAUCCCUCAAGAAUGCAUAGCUAUUUCCCACUGCAUUGUGUGCUUGAAAACAAAUGUUCAGGGCCUCCUCAUGGAAUUCUCCAGUAACUGUAAGCAUAAAAUUCUUGGCCAGCUUUUUGUUCCUUAGGCUGUUAGCAGGCCCCUGUCACCAGUCUGACUUUGGGUCUUGUUUUCUCCUAUGAAUAAUGGACUCUAGUUGUAAAUAAAUUUGCAUUUAUAAAUAUUUUGUAUACACUAAGCGUAUAAAUGUGUUGGCUGUAAUGUAAAUAGAUUUUUUUAUUAUACCAAAGUCUGUAUCAUACUGUUACUCUGGACAGCUGUGUAUCAAACCAUAUGGGGUUGUUGGUGGGACUGGAAGCUUCUUUCUGAGGGGAUAGAGCUGUCUUUGGUUUGGAAAGCAGUGAAUUUACUAUGGAUAUAUGGUGAAACUGUGAUAUUGAUGAAUUUCAUUGUUCUGUACAGCUCUGCAUGCAUUGAGCCUGGCUGACCUGACUGCAAGCAUCUCACAACAGAGCAGAAUUCCGAGUUUGAUCUGUUUCAGUGUUGAGAAAGUCCUUAAAUCUCUGUAUUAGGCACCUGUCUUGUCCAGUAGAGCAAAAAGCCCAACAGAGUCUGCAUUACAAGCAGCGUUAUUCCGGUAUUCCUGGCUGUAGUAUCCAGCUUCCAUGAAGUUCUUGUCAAAAGCAAACAAAAGGAGCAGUGCACUACCUGCCUCCUCCUGGUUCCCUGGGAAAAUGGGAGGUCUGAGUGGUUUGUUUCAGGAGUUUAUCUAAGCUUUUAUCUAAAAACCAGCCUGUGUAUUGUG